AUGUCUGGGGACGGCGAGCGGGCGUCGCGCCCGAACUCGCUGGUUCUGGAAGCGCCGUCGCCGGAGCGCGAGCCGCUGCACUUCGACGUGCAGCUGGUGGGCGCUCCACCCGAAGUCGAGCAACUUGUCAACAAUAUCAAGCAAGUCGCCGAAGACUUCCUUUAUCACUGGAAAACUUUCCCCAUUGUGCUACCACCAUCUCGAUUCACGGGUCCGGGUAACAAGCCGUCGGAUAUAAUUAUAGCGCCCCCGUGCGACGAGAUUGACGCAGCCGCCUUAGAUGCGGGCAUCGAACCUCAGCCGCUGUCUCCGAAGCAACUUCACUCCAUUAGAGAGAAGGGAGAGUUCGAGGUUCCGUCUCGCCACUUCCCGGGGCAGACGCACGUGUGGCGCGUGGCGAGCUGGUUGCAGCGCGGGCGAGUGCGCGCGCGCGAGGACUUCUACCGCCACGUGGCGCGCGCGCUCGCUCUCAUCGUCGUCGUGGCCCGCGACCGACUGCUCCGAGACAAACCCUUCUCUGUCAUCGCCGGCGCCAAAUCAUUCCUCCAAGGCUUGCACAGACUCCUAGACUUUGCUAUUGGCAUGCCAUCGCUUGAAGCUCGAGACCUAGACAAGAAGAUAAGAGAAGAGAGGUCGCGGUACUUAGUAGCAGAACUGAUAUGCAAGCCGGAGCAGCAACAAGACAUCGCGGCGCUGGCGGGCUGGGUGACGCGCGCCAUGCGCCGCGCCGCCUGCGAGAAGAGCGACGGGCGCUCGCUGCCGCGCGGCGCGCCCGCCGUGCCGUGCCUGUACACCACGCCGCAGCGCACGGCCGUGGACCUGCGCCUGUACCGCCGCGACCUGCUGCGCCGCGCCGCCGGCCCGCUGCAGGCGCUGCUGGAGCGCGAGGCGCGCGGCUGGUUCCUGCACUUCCGCGAGCGCCGCGCCGCGCACCUCGCCAGCCAGAAGAUGCCCAUGAAGGACAUCGAGGAGGAGGUGAGCGAGGCGGCCAUGCGCGAGUACGUGUCCCGCGUGUGCGCCGCCGUCAUGGCGAGCGAGGCGCUGGCGGCGCUGGGGCCCGACGUGCCCGCGCUGCUGGCCGCGCAGCUCAGGGCCUCCGCCAUCGUCGCCAGAGCCGAAGAAGACGUUCGGCGAAAGUUAGAAGCCGGCUUAGCGACCGCGGAAGCGCGUCUGCGCGCGUCGCACCCCAUCCUGUCCCGAGCGGACGCGUGGCGCAAGGAGAAGCUGGCGGCGGCGGCGGCGCGGCUGAAGGACGAGCUGCGCUGGGCCAGCACGGAGCAGGCGGCGGCCGGCAUGGCGGCGGCGCGGCUGGCGCAGCACCGGUACUUCGUGCUGCGCGACCUGGCCUUCCUGCGCGAGCGCCAGCCGCUGCUGGCGGCGGAGCUGCGCGCGGCGGUGGGCGCGACGCGGUCGUUCCGCUGGGCGCGGCGCACGUGGCGGCCGGCGCGCUGGCGCGUGGAGCGCCACUUCCGCGGCCGGCGCGAGCGCGUGCCCACGGUGCUGUGCACGCGCGCCACGUCCAUCGUGACGCCGCGCUCGGACCCGUCGCAGCCCGUGUUCCUGCUGGCGCGCGACACCGCCUCCUGCAGCAGCACGCGCUGGCCCGGCUGGCGCCUGCACAACCUGGCCAUGCGCGCCUUCUGCUGGACCUGGAACGUCAUGUUCGUGCUGGCCGUGCUCAUCCCUUGGAGCUCACCCAUCUCGCUGCGCACGCUGGUCUGCGUGAAGCCCUUCGUGCCCGACUACGAGCUCUCCCAGGUGAACGGGACGUUGUUCCCGAAGCGCAGCAGUGAGACGCAGACGAUGUGGUCGCGGCUACUGAACCUGUGGCGGUACGUCUCCAAGGAGAGGACGAGGUUCGACACCGAGCCGGACACUGGUCUGCUGGGCGCGGGCCCGCGCCGCCUGCUGCACCGCGCCUGGACGUACGGCGUGCUGGGCGGCGGCGGCUCGCUGCUGCUGCUGCUGGCGCUGCCGGUGCUGGUGCUGGGCGCGGCGCUGGCGGCCGCCGUGCUGGCGCUGCUGGCGCCGCUGUGGGUGCCGCCGCUGGCGCUGGCCGUGCACGUGUCCAACGCGCUGCUCUACGACAUCGACUGCCCCGACCCCGACCGCCUCAACAGGUUCGCACCGCACUACCUGCCACGACACCACCAACACCACUUGUAG